AUGCCAAGAUUGUGUUUUACCCGUUAUUUCUCACCAGCGUUCAUUCUUAUAGCUGUGGGUGGAGGAGUAAUUCUUGGUGUUGUUUUCAUCGUGCUCAUUUAUCGAAUGUGUUCGCGGUACAAACAGGAAAGGGAGAAAGAAAGCAGAGUGGCUCGAGUUUCAUUCAAACUGCCGCCAACCAGACCGGACGAAAUUACCAUUAAAACACAGACGAAGUACCCGCAACAGGAGUACGACGAUAAUGAAAAUUGUCCCUUGGAUCCUGAGUUUUACAGGUAAAAGUGAAUGAUACAAGUCUCAGUCAGAAUAAGUAUAGAAAAGUUGAUACAUCACAAACAGCUUUAGUCCUUUGCUUAAAGUUGUUCUUUUUUGUUGUCUUCAAGAGGAAACGAAUGUUAACGCCUUAUGCCUACGAUUAGGGUGGAUUUACAUGCGUACACGGGUAAAAUUUACGUGCACAAAUAAAAUAGAGGCAGUGACGUUUAAGGUCCCGUGUAAACAUUGAAGUUGAACCUCGCUCAACUUUCCCGUGUAUGCGCGACACUUCAUACAUUACUUCUAUUUCAUUUACGCGCGUACGCAAGUAAAAAUUACCCGACAGUGAAAAUCAUCCUUAUGGUCUCAGGCAACUUCCUCAUAAAUGUGGCAAAAUUUUACCUUUCUUGCGACCGGCAAUAUUUGGUCUUUUUCACUCUUUUCUCUCAAAUUAAACUACGUGGGGUUGAACAACGGACAGGAUCUUGAUAUUCUUAAACAUAAACAGGAAAGCUCUUCAGUUUGCUAUCAGCAACUUUCAAUGGUCCUGGUAGACAAAGUUUAUUUUGCAAAGAAAACUCGACUUUAAAUAGAUUGUGAGAAGUUGAACCAUUUGACCAGAGAAAGCCCAAACACCAUUUUCAGUUCUCAGUCCCUAUUGCUCAUAGAAGUCGGGGUUAAAAGGCCAAAAACUGGAGGGGGAGAAAGAGAAGAGAAAAAGCAAACGGUUGGACAUUGUUUGCAUUCCUAAGUUUAUUUCGUUUUGGUUUCCAGAGAAGAAGAUACAGAGGAAGGGUCGCCAUUUAUGGGCACAGCGAAGCUCUGCUUUUCUCUAAAUUACGAUCAAGCAAACGAAGAACUACUUGUGUGUCUCCUGCGAGCUACACGCCUCACUCCAGUCGGCGAAAACGUUACUGUCACACCCUACGUCAAAAUAUUCCUCCUACCAGACAAGAAACGCAAAGUCCAGUCCAGGGUUCUACGAAGGACGUCAAAUCCCCAGUUUUUUGAAGAUUUUGUAUUCGCAGUAUCACCCGAGGACUUGCCAAACAGAACACUGGAAUUCACAGUUUGUGAAUUUGACCGCUUUUCCCGCCAACAGGUUAUCGGUCACGUGGUGUAUCCUCUUAAAGAGGUGAAUGUAAUGGGGUCACCUGAAGGAACCGGGGAGAUCUGGGUCAACAUAACUAACCAAGAUUUUCAGGUUCGUAUAUUUUAAGACUUUUAGUGUUUUACCUUGACAACUUUUUUUUUUAUACACUAAAUACAUUAUUAACCUCAUCCCUAACUACACAUUUCCAAAAUAAGCUAAAUAACCUCAAAAAGAAAAAAUGAAUUAGUAUUUCCUUCCGACACUAGGAUACUACACGUGGGAUUCAAAGCGGGACGAUUCGACGUUUUUACUUUCACAAGAACUGAGCGAUUUAUGGUCGAGAACCUGGUCGAUGACAUUAUAGACCAUAGAAAUGACGUGAUGGGUGCGCAAUUCUUAUUUCUUUCUCUUGGGCGCUUUUCUCCGUGAAGGACAGUAAAAAAACUGGAAAAUGAAAGUAAUUGUAACUAGACGAUGUGAGAACGUAUACUUGGGCGUCGUUGCAUUACGCGAAUGGCAAGUUUUUAAUGUGUGUCAGGGAUGUGUGAGUAGUGCAAUAGUGUUAUUUGUUGUCAAGAGUUGGUUGAGAUGUGUGACGUAGAAGACGUGGAGUCAUAUUUGACGUCGUUUCUCUUUGGUAUGAUUAUGUGCUGAAUAUCAAGGCACCGAACGUUGCUUCAAAGAGAAGACUCAAGCUUUUCCCCGGAAUUCCUGAUAUAAACUGACUCACCGAAUAACGAAUACGGACGAAUACUAAGAAAUUUUAUAGCCCGCGAGCAAGCUCUCUAUUUCGAAGUGGUAAGCUAAACCUAGCCGCAAAGAAUACGCGAGCGCCACCCCCUUUCUCGCGUCUCCUUUCGCGUGUCUCUCGCGCGUGACUUCUCUCAACAUCCCUAAAAUGGAGAGUUUGCUCACAGGCUGGAAAUGUUUCAAUUUUGAUCAUUGUGGGAGAUGGUAUCAUCAUCACGAUAAUCCCCAAGAGAUUUUCACGUCUGAUUCUAAACAGCCUUUAAUUCUGUAGAGUUAAUUCAUCGAGUGCUUAAAGCUUUUCCCUCUUUCUACAAAUCGAGAGCCUUUUCUAAAGGCGCUGGCUAUACAACAAAUUAGUUCUUUCGACUAUGAAGUUGCUAAGUCUUCAUGAGAUGUACCGUCAGGCAGUUUGAAAGUUGGAGCUAGUCCCUUUCGUGGUACAUGCUUGAGAUAACUCGACAUAUUUAUCCCAAAGUUUUAAAAUUAGUAAACAGGGUUUUAAAAAUAACUUUCAAGCAUGCAGUUUGCAAGUGACGAUGUUGGACUUCGCCCCUUUUACGGUUCGUGCGCAAAAAGAAUACGACUUGUUUACGAGAUUAAUUUUAGUAUUGAGAUUGUAUCCUAACCUCAAUUAGUUGCAAUAAAAUUACCAAACUGCCGAGAUACUUUGUAUGUGGCCACUCAUCUCAUGCCAUUCCACUCGAAGAAACACUCUCUUUAUUCACCUUUCUUGCAUCGGCUGCAAACAGAUCGCCGAAUUUUGCGUUACAUCUCCUUUGGCUUUCGACCAACCUGAGACCGAAACGUGCUCGCUCAAACUCUUGGCUAUAGCCAAACCCGUCAAUUCCAAUUAUUACUGAAACAGCGAUUUAUCUCCAAGUGCUUUGUGUAUUCUUGUGUGGCUUUAACCUAUUCCUCAUUUUUAAUUUAAAUCCUCAUAAUUCCGUUUAGUUCGUCGCCGCAGCGUCUAACGCUGAUUUACAAUGUGCGAGCCAGACGUUCGAGGCAUCUGAAAACACUCCAGGCACAAACAAUUCGUUGGCACAAAAGCCUAUGACGGGCCUGCACAACUCCUGUAGUUCACAAACUAUUCUCUUCUGACCGUCAUAGCUUCGUUCUUGCUAAAAGGUUCACAAGGGAUUUUCUGCACAUUUCAACAGAAAAAUCCCCCGUGAAAUUUUCAGCUAACCUUCCUUUGUGUAGUAUAGUUAGCAAAAGUAUUUUAUCUAUUAAAUGUUAUUAAAUUGCAGAAGGGCGUGGAUAAGGGGGAGUUGUUGUUUUCGCUCCAGUUUCUUCCAACUUCAUGUAGACUUACAGUAGCUGUCCUCAAGGCAAGAGGUCUGGGACUACAAGGAGAGGACAAUGAUUUGGGUGAGGAAAUAAAAGGCAGAUGAAAUCAUUAGAAAAACGACAGGAAAAUGUUUAUCAAAGAAAAGUAACAACAAUAUCAACCUGAAAUUUAGAAGGAUCGUCCGGCAUAAAAAAAUCCUACUAGUAAUUCACGUUUUUUUCUUUUUCAAAUCCUUUAGUCUAGUGUUGUUAAAGGAGAGAUCUUUUUUUUUUUUUGGGGGGGGGGGGGGGGGGUUCAAUAUUUUUUGAAAACAUCACCUACGCAAUACUAAUCAUGAUUGUCAUUGUUUUACGUUUUUUGUAAACUCCUAAAGAACAAAUAGUACCACGUGAAGGUAGUGCCAAAGAAGUUUCAGUUGAAUGGACAUUCUGCAAGAUUUUUCCUCUGACUCAAAAGUUAUAGAACUACGUUAUAAUGCAAGAUUCCAUUUUGAACUCUAGGAUUGGCAGGGUUCAUAAGAUUUUUCAUGUCACUUGUGGGGGAAUCCCAUGUAAAAAAAAAGGGGAUGCUUGUCGGAAUUAAAAUUAAACCCCUAAGCGAGACCAAGGCCGGGUGUGGCUCAAGCUUAAACUGACCCCUAAAAGAGAUUUGUGUGUGGUCUUCGUCACAGCAUUUUUUGUAAAUUUUGUUUAUACACAGCCCUAAGGGAUACCUGAAUGGGAAAAUAUAAGUAACUUUCCGCUCUAAACACCCUAAGAGAGAUCAAAAUCUGCAAUUUACACCCCUAAGUGAGAGGACGGGCAUCCCUAUCACUUUUAUACGAGAGUUCCCCUUCGGUGGUAUCCCGGUUUAAGGUUUUGAUUUUAUCCCUCUUUUAUAUGCAAGAAAACGAUCUCUGCAAGGUAGGGAGAUAGAUACUCCCUACUGAGGUAUUGACUCAAGGGAAAUAUAAGUGUUCGUCUGUAUUGACGAUGGCGGAGUUAAAAAACAAAACUGAUUGACUUCAGCCUUUUCUUAAGGUACAUAACUGAAAUCUUCUUAAAUGUAUACCGUAUAUAUUUUUUUCAUUUUUCAGAUCCGUAUGUCAAAGUUUCAAUGAUUAUGGGAGGAAAAACCUUGAAAAAGAGAAAAACAGUGGCAAACAAAAAGACCGCAAACCCAGUUUACAAUGAAGCGUUCGUCUUCACUCUUCUUCCGUCCUACCUCGAUCGCGUGAGCUUCAUGCUAUCCGUGUUCACCGUAACGAGGCUGGGAGGAUCAAAAAAGCUGAUUGGUCGAGCGGUUGUGGGACCAUAUAUGUAUUCAACAGAUCAGGGACUCUCACACUGGAAUGACAUGAUCAAUUCACCCCGUAAUCCAGUAGCACAAUGGCAUACACUUAUUUGA